CAUAAUUGAAUAAUAUUUUUCACAAGCAAACGAAAGUGCUACAAUACCGAAAUCCGAAAUCUUUUCGGAACUAAACAAGGCCAUAGUCUGGCCAGCUUUGAAACCCAAAUCGACCUUCUGAGCCAGGCUCUCUGGCCAGCCCUCUGUCCCGUUCGGUUCACGUACCGGUGCUUGCGGUGACAAAGACCCGCCUCUCCGACCCGCUCCCGAAGGAAUCUCUGGCGAUGGCGCUGCCACCCGCGGCGGUUGCCGCCGUCUGCCACCAAAGCCCGCACCUGCUCCUCCGUCGCGGCGGUGGGGGUCUCCUCCCACCGCCUUCGCCCCCCGCCACGCUCCCCUUCGCCAUGCGGGGUGUGGCCUCCGCGCCGGCGCGCCUGCCGCCGGCACGGUUCUCGCUCUCCCCCAUCCCGAAGAGCUUCUCCACCUCGAGUGCGCUGCCAUGGAUCGAGUGCGAAGAGCAAGGGUUCGUGCAGCUGUUCCUGAUGGCGGGCGUCUUCAUGAUGAGCCUGCGGUCCCUAGGCCAGAAGCACCGCCUGAACGACCUCGCCGUCGACAACGCCGACCUCCGCCGCGAGCGCGAGGACCUCUCCCACCACAUGCGAGACCUCCAGGACGCGCUCCGCAGGGAGGCGGACGCCGAUUCGUCCGGCGCCCUCGCGUCCCACCUCCGCCGCAUCUUCACCGCCCACCCUGCGCCCGCGACCGCCGUCGAGGACCAGUAGCGGGCUCCCUUGAGAUUUCUUCUUCUCCCGUGUUUUUUUUGUUCUCCGGUAGUGUGCUUCCCAUGUCCAGCGGUGAGGCUGUGCUCUCCUUUCUAAUUCUCAUCGCUCGCGAAGCUCAGUGGCGGGCGGGUCACGUGGUGGUCGAUGUAAGGCUCAGCUCCAUCUCCAUCGCAGUAGGGGAGACCAGGUGUUUGUGAAAUAGAGAAGAGGUAAUUGUAUGUAGUGCAAAUCAGACAACCAAACACAUCUAGUUA